AUGGAGGCCGCCGCGUCGGCGUCGGCGCCGGCGCCGCGCCUGCUGCAGUGCGGGGGGUUCGGCCGGGGCCGGGUCGUGGCCGGCCUCGUCUCCCCGCUCCCGCGCCGCUCCGGGAAGCAGCACCAACACCAGCGCCGCCUCCGCCGCGUGCUCGCCGUCGCCACCGAGCCCAGGCCCCCGCCGGCCCCCCCGCGCACCGGCAGGACCAGGGCCAACACCAUCCAGUCCACCAGGUUCGGGGACGUGUCCAAGGAGAUCAAGCGGGUGCGGAAGCAGAUGGAGGAGGACGAGCAGCUGGCCUCCCUCAUGCGCGGCCUCCGCGGCCAGAACCUCCGCGACGACCAGUUCGCCGACAAGGACGUCACCAUGCGCCUCGUCGAGGUGACCAACACCGAGGGGCUGCCUCUCGUGUACAGCCCCGACAUCAUUUCGGCCUACUGGGGCAAACGCCCGGGCGCCGUCGCCACCCGAGCCGUGCAGCUCCUGUCCGUGGCCGGUGGGUUCAUCUCCCACAUCAUAUCGGACCUCAUCACCGACAAAAUCAAGGAGAACGAAGUGACGCGCGCGAUCGAGCUGAGGGAGAUCGUCACGUCUCUGGGCCCUGCCUACAUCAAGCUCGGCCAGGCGCUCAGCAUCCGGCCCGACAUUCUGUCCCCUGCGGCGAUGACCGAGCUGCAGAAGCUAUGCGACAAGGUUCCUUCGUUUCCUGACGAUAUCGCGAUGGCUCUCCUGGAGGAAGAGCUUGGCCGGCCAUGGCAAGACAUAUACUCCGAACUGUCUCCCUCCCCGAUUGCUGCAGCAUCUCUGGGACAGGUGUACAAAGGCCGGUUGAAAGAAACUGGAGAACUGGUAGCUGUGAAAGUGCAGAGGCCAUUCGUACUUGAGACUGUCACCAUAGAUCUAUUCAUCAUUAGAAACUUGGGGUUGGUUCUCAAGAGGUUUCCACAGGUCGCCCUUGAUGUUGUUGGCCUAGUAGAUGAGUGGGCUGCCCGGUUUUUUGAAGAACUUGAUUAUGUCAACGAAGGGGAAAAUGGCACCCUCUUCGCUGAAAUGAUGAGAGAAGAUCUUCCUCAGGUUGUUGUACCAAGGACAUACCCUGAAUAUACGUCUAGAAAAGUUCUUACCACAGGGUGGGUAGAUGGUGAGAAGCUUUCACAGAGUACUGAGGAUGAUGUUGGGUCAUUGGUUAAUGUUGGUGUUAUAUGCUAUCUAAAGCAGUUACUUGAUACUGGAUUCUUCCAUGCUGACCCUCAUCCUGGAAAUAUGAUUAGGACACCAGAUGGAAAGCUUUGUAUUCUUGAUUUUGGUGGGCUUGUGACAAAACUGACAGAUGAUCAGAAGUACGGAAUGAUUGAAGCAAUAGCUCACCUUAUUCAUCGUGAUUAUGAUGCAAUCGUGAAGGACUUUGUGAAGCUUGGUUUCAUCCCUGAGGGAGUUAACUUGGAUCCAAUCUUACCUGUGCUGGCUAAAGUUUUUGAUCAGGCACUUGAAGGAGGUGGUGCGAAGAAUAUUAACUUUCAAGAGUUGGCAGCGGAUCUAGCACAGAUAACAUUUGAUUACCCAUUCAAGAUACCUCCGUAUUUUGCUUUGAUUAUUAGAGCAAUUGGAGUACUAGAAGGUAUUGCUUUGGUGGGUGACCCUGAAUUUGCCAUUGUGGAUGAAGCAUAUCCAUAUAUUGCACAGAGGCUGCUAACGGAUGAAUCACCUCGACUAAGGAGUGCCUUGCGUUACACAAUAUAUGGCAAAACAGGUGUCUUUGACGCAGAGAGGUUCAUUGACGUCAUGCAAGCUUUCGAGAAUUUCAUUAGUGCAGCCAAGAGUGGUGGUGGGGAGGACAUGAAGGGUAACAUGGCGGAGCUGGGUGCUAUAGGAUUCCAACCUAGCACCAGUUUAGUUCCUGCAUUCCCAAUGGCCAUUUCCCAACCCGAGAACCCUAUCAAAGCCCGGGCUGCUCUCUCGUUUCUACUCUCUGACAGGGGUGACUUCUUCCGGGAGUUCAUUCUUGAUGAGAUUGUGAAAGCCAUCGACGCGGUUUCAAGGGAGCAAUUGCUACAAAUUGCUUCAUCUUUUGGGGUCAGAAAUCCCGUCCCGGUUUUCGGCAUGGUUCCUGUGAGGUCCGGAGCAUUGCUUCCUACAAUCACAGAGGAAGACAGGGUCAUCUUGAACAACGUCGAGAAGGUCGUCAAGUUUCUAUCGGCUGGGACGGCAAAUCCAACAGCCAACGGGGACGUAAAUGUCGUGUCUCUGGUGCAAGAGCUUCUACCCGUGUUGCCGAGCAUCACGUCGAAGAUCCUACCAGAUGUCCUGAGCCGGUUGUCAUCUCGUGUAUUCGCACGGGUGAUCCGGGAAUCAUUUUUGUGA